AUGGACGCGCGGGCCUCGCAGCUCCUCGAGCCCGUCCGCGUGCCACCCAAGCUCUUGGACCGCGUCGAGAAGGCGCAGAAGCGGCUCCUCAACAAGGACGCGUACUUUUUCGACUCGAAGCCGUCGGUCGCGAGCCCGAAUCACGCGCGCAAGCACCUCCCGGACGUCGUCCUGCGCAACAAGAUGAUGGCGUUCGAGGCGAAAUGGAAGUGCAAAUCGAAGACGAGUCUCUACUACGACCCGCUCGACACGUCGUUGGACCGCCUCAGCGUCGAGGAGCGCGACCUUGUCAUGAACCGGAUUCAAACCAAGGUCGAGGAAAUCACCGAGUCGGUCGAGGCCAAGUACCGGCGCAAGCAGGCCGCUCUCGACACACAGGGUGUCUUCGACCACGACGUGAACGCCCGCCGGGUGCAGACCAUGUGCUUGGUCGAGCUCCAGCGCAAGUGCAACAUCGAUCGCAUCAAGGAGGUGGUCCUCGACGAAUUUGAGAUGGAGCGCAAUCCACUCGCGGUCAAGGGCAAGCCCCGGCACCCAUCGCUCAACGUCCUCAACGUCUUCUUCAAGAAGGCAGAAAAGGCCGAAAUGAUGGCCGGCCCGAAGAAGCUCCAGCGACUCCUUCGCAAGCCGCGCGAGGCUGAGCCCGUCCAGCCGCCAGAGAGCAGUGGCAACCAAACAGCUGAUGCUGCCGAGACUGCCGCCAAGGCGCCGCCGGUCAUCAAGCCCGAGCCGUUCAAGCCACGCGCCGACGAGCUCAGCGAGCGCCAAGUCCUGCUGAGCCGACACGCGCCGGUGGUCGGUAUCAUCCACGCGCUGCGCGCGAAUGAGGCGGCGGCAAAGCGUCCAAAGCGACGUCAACUGCGCGCGGGCGACGACGCGGCUGCCAAGCCCGUGACGGCUACGGACGAGUGGACAGAACGUCCGCGCGUCUUUCAGGCGCUCGGCGCUCGUUGCGCCAUGGAGCUGCACCGGCGAAGUGAGAAGCGGCUCUGGGACUUUACCGCGCCACCGAUCGACUACGCGGAGGUCGUCGCGCACCUCGCCCCGUUCGUCGACGCGUGGCGGCGCCUGCAUCUGCAGGCGCACGACGAGGACAACGCCGCGUCCGAAGACGACACCAAGCUCGCUCGCCUGACGGAGCGACGCCGGCGACACGAUCAAAACUACCACCUGUGCCAAGACGCCAUCAAGACGCGUCUCCGUCGCCACCACGUGACAUCGACCGCCGCUCUGCCAUCGACCCCAACGAUCGAGGCGGCGCCGACCGAGCUGGAGCGGAACCCGUUGCAGCAGUACCGCGCAGCGCUUCUGGCGUCGCGCCCGAGCACGAUCCUCGACGUCCGGCUCAACCAGCUCGUGCACCGCAAGCUCGAGCGGAACUCGUCUGCGACGCGGCGUCGACCAGCGACCAAGACGACCAAGACGACCAAAACGACGACGACGACGACGACGACAUCCAAGCCGGCUGUCGGCCGUCGCAUCGAGGCGCGGUUGGCCAAGCGGCGGGAAGGCGCCAUGACGUGGGAGUGGCACAUGACCGAGCGCGCAGCCAGCAACAGUGCGACCGAAGUGUUGCCGCCGACGCCGCGCCUCGGAGCGGUACCCGUCGAUGCCGGCGAGUCGACUGCGUCGGCGUCACCGACCAAGCUGCAGCGCACAAUGACCAUGAAGCAUACGACGUCGGACGGCCGUGCGUCGCUCCAGGCACGCCUCGAGCUCGUGUGGGCCCGAUUGGACGUGCCGUACCACCUCAAACUCGCUAUGAUGGAGAAGUAUGCAAUGCAGGACGAGCCUGAAGUCUUCUCGACCGCGCUCGGGCUCUGGGAAGACGCCGCCGAGGUCGUCGUCCUGCGCGAGCAGAUCCUCACGCUACUGCGGUCGGUGCACCAAGGCUGGCUGCGCAAUGAGUUCCAAGAGCACAUGGACCGUCUCGACGCCGAUGCGCUGCACCGCGUCGGCAUUGCGCUGCCACUCGAGUGGUCGCCCCUCGUGUUCGAGACCUGGGCACAAGCGGCUCUGCCGCUCAUCACGGAAGAAUGCCACGCACGGGCGGACCGGCUGCAUCUCGAGACGGCCGACGAGCUCACGUACCAAGGCCACGCGUAUCGUCCGGCGCUAUAGCCGCGCGGUGCUACGAACUGCUCCAUAAAAUGUACUGUGAUCGAGUUGAUUACG